AUGAAGGAUAAACGUGGCUGGUUGAUUGAUCCCGUUUUACUUGCUUUGGAUGCUGGAAUUUCAGGAGGAGCAGUUUCUUGUGCUUCGAUUCAUGUCGGUGAGAUCCGACCUGGAAGUAUGAGGCGAAACCAUCGACACCAUACUUGCAACGAGACGUUUGUAGUUUGGGGAGCUAAAACUGUGUUGAGGCUGGAAAACAAUGCAGUGACAAGUGGAUACUCUGACGUAACAGUUGGUGCCGAUGAAGUUGCGGUUGCAGCUAGUUCUAGUGGGUCCGCACAUGCUUUGCUGAAUAUAGAUUCUGCUCGAAGCACAUUUUUCUUAGGGUGCCAAGAUAGUGUAAUCAAUUACAAUGCAUCCACUACAGAUUUUAAUGUUUGGCAUGACCUAUAG